AUGAGACCUUUCGACUUGAUGCAGAAUACCUACGACGAAUGGGUGGUGCUUGUCUCCAUCGUGUUCAUGGUAUAUGUGAGCAACAUCAUUCGCGUCGGUCCAAACACCGUUCUCUUCAAUAGUCCCAGCGCUUACAAGGACAUAUACAGCCACAAAGCCAAUACCUUCAAAGACAAAUUCUAUAGCGUGUGGAAGCGAAACGAGGACGAUAAAUCAGUCUUCAACACCACGGACAUAGCUGUUCACAGUAGAAAGCGGAAAAUUUUCAACACCGUGUUUACCGACAAAUCCAUCCGCUCUGCGCAGCCAUUCAUCAUCAACAUCAUUGAUCGCUGGAACGACCUGUCCAUCACAGGCGACGAUUGGUCCGAACCGAUUGAUCUCGCACCAUGGAUUGACUACCUAGUCUUCGACAUUCUAGGAGAUCUCUGCUUCGGCGAGUCCUUCAGGACCAUCGAGCCAGGGGAGAACGUCUUCAAGAUAAUUCCCGACGCAAUAGUCUCGUACAUGAAUUUCUGGAACAUCAUCACCAAAUCCCCCUUCCUGGACCUAAUUCUCCACCUCAAGCCCCGCGGCCUCAACGGCCUCCUCGACCUCCUAACCCCCAAAGCAAUCCAGCACUACUAUGACUUCCUCGACCAAAAAGUAAGCGCACGCAUCGCGUCCGAGUUACUUCUGCAACAAACGACGGAAACGAGGAAGGGGGAGGUAGACCGCUCCUCGAUCGAGCCAAGAAAAGACAUGCUCCACCACCUCCUCCGCGCCACGGAUCCCACCACCGCUCAGCCCGCGUAUCCCUCCAAGACAGAGUUACUGGCAGAGGCGAACGUGCUCGUGAUCGCGGGCUCGCAUACCACGUCGACCGCGCUCGUGGCGAUUUUCUUCUAUCUCACUCACUCGCCGCGCGUCUAUCGCAAAUUGACGACGUCAAUCCGGGAUACGUUUGCCUCCCCCGCCGAAAUCGUCGAUGGGUCUAAACUGUCUUCGUGCGUUUAUUUGAGGGCGUGUAUUGAUGAGGCGCUCCGCCUUGCGCACCCCGGUCCGAGUGAAAUGCCAAGACGUGUGCUUCAAGGUGGUGCGAGCAUUGAUGGUGUUUAUGUGCCUGAGGGGACAACGGUGGGGUUUGCCGGGUGGGCUAGUGGGCAUGAUAGAGGCACGUACGGGGAUGAUUUCGCGGUUUAUAGACCCGAGAGGUGGAUUGUUGGGAGGGAUGGGCAUGGGGAUGGGGAGGCUGAGGAGAAGGUUAGGUAUAUUAGGAGUGCUUUUCAUCCUUUUACCGCCGGCCCUGGUAAUUGUGUUGGGCAGAAUCUGGCGGGCUUGGAGAUGAUGCUUAUUUGUGCGAGAACGUUGUGGAGGAUGGAUGUUAGAGUUGCGACGGGGACUGGGGAGGGGAAGGAGGGGGAGGUUAUGGAGGUGGAGGAUGCGUAUAUUGCGCUACCGAAGGGAGUGGUUGUGCAGUUUCGCAGAAGGGAGUUUGACUAG